AUGCCACAACCGGCAUUGAUAGAUACAGUGCAUCUAGACUAGUACUACUAGUGUGAACAAGGAAGAAAAUUCGUAGCCGCACUGCCAUGCAUUAAGUGCAUCCUUAAAUUCUAUCCUGACAUUACCCUGACAUCUUAGCUAGUAAGGCACGCAACUACAGCUGCUGCCGACCUGCCCAUUACUACCUUGCUAAGUAACAGUUGCUGCUGCCGACAUGUGCAACCUUAGUAGACCAAGUUUGACUCAACAGACAGAAGGGAAGCCCUCGUCGGUCAUAGGUACUCGACUCCGCCGUCGCAGCGCUGAACCUUCGUCGUCCGGAUCCAGCCGCCGCCGCAGCCAUGCCGUUCACCCCGCACCCUCGCCCUCGUGGCCACGGUCUCCGCCGUCGGUGUCGCGGCGUCGUCUAGGGAGCCUCGCGCGGGAGGCAGAGUUGCGAGCGCACAUCUGUGCGUCGCCGGCCAUGGACCAUAAGGAUGAGCACUCCGCCCACCCCGACCAGGAGGUCGAGGAGGAGGAGGACGAGGAGGCCAAGCGCGCCGUCGGGCUCGGCCACCAGGUGCCCCUCAAGGACCAGCUCGAGCUCGACAAGGAUGAUGAGAGUUUGAGGAGGUGGAAGGGGCAACUGCUUGGGCAGGUGGACACAGAGCAGCUCAGAGAGACUGCGGAGCCAAAGGUGAAGGUGCUGAACAUGAGCAUCCUGUCGCCGGAUCGGGGCUCAAGUACACCAACACCGUCUGUAAGACUAGAAUGCUGGCCUUCAUUCAUGUUUUGUCGUGAGGUCCAGGAUGAACAAGUUGGGAGAAGCAUUGGAGCUAGUUAUACUGUGAUAGUUGUGUUACCUGAUGUGAACAUUUUUCUAUUGUAAAACUAAUGUGAACCAUGUUUGAUUGUAAUAAUGUGCCAAGUUUGGCUCUUUUUGAUUGUAUUCAUGAUGUGAACCAUAUUUUUCUGGAUUAGUCGUGCU